CAUGUGACACAACAAGGAAGUUUAAAUGUGUCACUGAAAUUAGUGUAGCGAUUUUUUUAUUUCAAAACUAAUUAAAAGAAACAACCUGCUGUGUUUGGUAGUCUGCCGGGUUAUUCUACAAACCGACGGUGGCGUGAAAUAACACCAAUGGAGGGGAAAUAAAGUUCGCCGUGUGUCUUAAUGUUAAUGUAGCGUUUUGUCAGGACAACAUGUUUGCAUCGCUCCUGAUUUUCACUUUAACGGUUCGGUUUUCACUUGGACAAACAUCACGGUUACCUCUCGUUAUCAAUACAUGGCCAUUCAAGAAUGCAACGGCUACAGCAUGGGGUGUCCUGCUGUCCGGUGGCUCAGUGUUGGAUGCGGUGGAGAAGGGCUGUGCCCGCUGUGAAAUGGAGCAGUGUGAUGGCAGUGUCGGGUACGGCGGGAGCCCCGAUGAGCAUGGAGAGACCACGCUGGAUGCCAUGAUAAUGAACGGGGAUACUAUGGAUGUGGGUGCAGUUGCAGACCUGAGAAGAAUCAAGAAUGCCAUUGGAGUUGCAAGAGCUGUGAUGGAGCACACUGAACAUACACUGUUAGUGGGAGAGUCAGCUUCUGUGUUUGCUGAAAACAUGGGCUUCAUCGCAGAAGACCUGACUACCAACAGAUCUCUGAAUAUUUUUUCACAGUGGCUGAAGGGCAACUGCCAACCUAAUUAUCGAAAGAAUGUAUUUCCAGAUCCCAAAAAGUCAUGUGGACCCUACAAGCCAAUGGCAACAAUGAAGCAGAACACAAGGGCACAGCAUGCUAAUGUACACUCGCAUGACACCAUCGGGAUGAUUGCUCUCGAUCAAGAUGGUCACGUGGCUGCUGGUACGUCGACCAACGGACUAACCCACAAAGUUCCAGGUCGUGUUGGGGACUCUCCUAUCGUUGGAGCAGGGGCCUACGCAGAUAGCUCAGCUGGUGCUGCUGCUGCUACAGGAGAUGGGGACGUCAUGAUGCGCUUUCUGCCAAGUUACUUGGCCGUGGAGCUGAUGAGGGCCGGGGCAGAUCCCUCGGCAGCCUGCAAGACGGCCAUUUCCAGAAUCAAGAGGCAUUACUCAGACUUCUUUGGAGCCAUCAUCUGUGCUAACACAACAGGCCAUUAUGGUGCGGCCUGCAACAAAGCCCCUGGCUUCUCCCAGUUCCACUACAUGGUGUCAAACCCAAAGUUAGUUCCACCAUUUCUGGAAACUGAGAACUGCUUUUAAAUGGUGUAUGAUGUGCAUUGCUUUUAUAUACUGAAAUGAAUUAACAAUCUCCAUGCUGUAUUUUUAUUCUGAUUUUAGUUUUAAUUCAUUAAUAAAAUGUCACAGAAAAUUUCAAA